AUGUCGACGGCCGAUUUAAAUAUUGACGCUAACAAGAUUGUAAUAAGUAUGGACCAGGUGAAAGCCGAUGCGACAAUGGUCACCUUGUCGAUGCCAAAUAUUGUGCAUAAUAUGGAUGGUAUCAAAAUGAAAGAUAUAAUGAGUAAACUACCAAUAAUUAUGGAAAUUAUG